AUGUUCCCUGCUCAGGAGGAGGCCGAUAGGACGGUGUUUGUGGGCAAUUUAGAGGCUCGAGUGCGGGAAGAGAUUCUUUACGAGCUUUUCUUACAGGCUGGGCCACUAACCAAAGUGACUAUAUGCAAAGACAGAGAAGGAAAGCCAAAGUCUUUUGGAUUUGUCUGCUUUAAACACCGUGAAUCAGUGUCAUAUGCCAUAGCAUUGCUCAAUGGAAUUCGUUUAUAUGGAAGGCCAAUUAACGUACAGUAUCGAUUUGGAAGUUCACGCUCUUCUGAACCAGCUAACCAAAGUUUUGAGAACUGUGCUAAGAUAUGUUCACAUAGCUACAGGAGUGAAGAAACGCUGGGCAGAUCAUCCUUUCCGGUGCCAUUCUUCCCGAUCAGCAAUGCUGCUGUGUCUCAGGAGCCCGUUUUCUUUCAAAAGAUGAUGGAUGUCUUCUUUUCACAGCAAUGGUAUGCGCACAGUCCAGUGCCUCAGCUCCCUUACUAUGAGAUGACAGCUCCUCUUUCUAGUACUGCCUCGGUGUCUUCCUCUCUAGAUCAUGCCGCAGACCUGGAGGCUGGCCCCAGCUCUUACGAAUGGACUCAUCAGCAACCAAGUGACUCUGACCUUUACCAGAUGAAUAAACGAAAGAGGCAAAAGCAAACGAGUGAUAGUGACAGCAGCACAGAAAAUAGAGGAAGUGAAUACAGCCAGAAGUUCCGGAAGUAUAAGAAAAAGAAAAAAUAUUAG